AACUUUCGAAUCACUAAAUUUAGUUUCCAAGAAAUUUAGUCUCAUUUGAGAAUAAUUUGCCACCAGGGCUAUUUUCUUGUCAGAAGUGAUGAUGAAUACAUACAUAUAAAAGCUGGUCGGCUUCGAUUAUGUUAAAAUGAUAAUUUUUAACAUAAUAAUAUUUAACAAAAUAAUAUUUUUUUACUGUCAUUCACAACCGGUCAAUCUUGAUUAUGUUGCCCCAAUCAUGUAUUUUCUGCCCUGUUUAUAAGCAGGGCAAGCUGUCGUGCAUAAUCUGGGCAGAACACUAUUUAUAUGCUCUUUUUAAAAUAAUUUUUUUCCCAAAGGCAACUCUUGCUUUAAGAACUAUAUCUAUAACAAUCUUUGUUAUUGAUAUAUUGAGCCUUAAUUCUUAAAGUAAUUAUUAAAUAAUUUUUGCUCUGAUAAUGUCUAAUGCUCUGUUUAGGGUCAGGUUUUUCUCCCCCUCAAUUUAAAAGAUGGUUUUUCCUCUGUUGCUUGAAAUGUUGAGCCUGGCUGCUCUAUCUUGAUGAUGGCCUAGUCAUUUUAAAAACAGCUUAGAUAAAAUCAAUUGCUACUCAGACAUACCAAUGAACAUGGUUUCCAGACCACAAAUCAUGGUAUCCAAAUGGAGACAAGGUGGAAAACUUAAGAUUCUUUCAGUAAAGCUGGAAAACUACACCAUUUCUUUGAUGCUAUUUGCACGUUAAAUGGACUUCAAACUAAUGCUGCUGUCAUUGCACAAAUGAGAAAGGAGAGAGGUACACUACAGCGAAACAGUUUACCAAAUAUGGAAUGUUUUCUUAAAAGACUUAACAUAAAUGUUUGUGAUUUGGAUCAGUUGAAUGUAAUUCAUGUGAGUGGAACAAAGGGAAAGGGUUCAGUGUCAGCAUUUUGUGAAAGCAUAAUGAGACAUGCUGGUUUGCAGACUGGUUUUUACAGCUCACCUCAUCUUCUAGAAGUCCGAGAAAGAAUACGUAUUGGGGGCAAACCCUUACCAAGAGAACUUUUUGCGAAAUACUUUUUUGAAUGUUAUGAUGCUCUGGUGGCUUCCUCUUCUGCAGAAGAAAAUGAAAUGCCUGGUUAUUUUCGAUUCCUGACGUUAAUGGCUUAUUAUGUUUUUUUGCAAGAACAGGUAAAUGUUGUUGUUCUGGAAGUUGGCAUAGGUGGAACAUAUGACUGUACUAACGUUCUGCAAAACCCAGUGGUGUCUGGCAUUUGCAAGCUAGAACUUGAUCACACAGCAGUUCUUGGAGAUACAAUAGAGCAAAUAGCUUGGCAUAAAUCUGGAAUUAUGAAGCCAGGAAAACCAGCACUUUGUCUUGAGCAAGUUGAUGCGGCACAGCAGGUACUGUUCGAUCGAGCGAAAGACUUAAAGACAACGCUUCAUGUUGUUCCACAAUUAUCUUCAUAUGAUUUAGAUGUGACAGAACUGACAUUUAAUGGCGAACACCAAAAAGUCAAUGCAGCCCUAGCAAUUCAGUUGUGUCGUGUUUGGUUCCACAAGCAAAAACAAUACAUUUCAGGGUUAGGAAUGGAAACAGUGGCAAACAGUAUUAAAGAAUUACAAGGAGACGAACCUUUUACUGCAAAUUCAGAAGUUAUUGGCACUUUUAAAGUUCCGCAUGUGUUUAUACAAGGAUUGGCGAACACAAAUUUAUAUGGUAGGUGUCAAGUCAUACAGAGAAAACGAAUCACAUUCUAUAUUGAUGGUGCACACACACCAGGAAGCAUCGAGGCUUGUGUUAAUUGGAUAAAUUCCAGAAAGAAUGUUGACACGACUCUUCCACGAGAAAAUAUCUUUCGAGUGUUACUGUUUAACGUGUCUGGCAAUCGAGAUGAAACAACAAUGUUAAAAAUGCUCUUGAAUAUUGGAUUUGAUCAUGCUGUUUUUUGUCCAAGUAUUUUAGAAUCAACACCAGGAGACACUGCAGCUGAUAUUGCGAACUUUAAUGUAACACGAGAUAGCCGCUUAAGACUUUGCGAACAAAAUCAAAAAUCAUGGCUGUCAUUGAACGGCAUUCUAUCUUCAGACUCGACCAUCGAUACUAAUUUCAGUCAGGUUCAGGAAAAUUCUCCUGAAGCAUCGAGUAUAUCAACUGUUUUUCCUAGCAUUAGCUCAGCUAUUAAAUGGAUUGCCCAAGGAAGAGAUGCAGACAUUGGAAAACCUGAAGCUAAUUCACCUUGUCAUCCAAGAACUUUAUUAGAUAGCUCACAUAUUCAAGUUGUCGUAACGGGAAGUUUACAUUUAGUCGGGGGUGUUCUCCGCUUUCUUGGUCCCAAUAUUUGUGAUAUAUAUAAAUAGACAAAAGACUAAAUUUUUUGUAGCUUAGAAUUUUACGGAGAUGAGUAGGAUAUUUUUAUAAGUUAGACUAACUCAAUAUAACAGUUUUAGCGAAAGCAUCAAUAUCGUAUAUUAAAAUUGUAUUAUGUCAUAUUUCAUUACCAUGUUAGUAUAGUCAAACAAAAGGCUUCUGAUUUGUCAGAGGAUGUCAGACAAAUCGAAAAUGUAAAAUAAUUCUAAAGUAUUUGUGGAAAUUUGCGUGGUGAGUUUUAUAAUUAAAAGAUUUUUUAUUUUUAUCUGUACUUUGUAGUCGCGUAUAGUAUGUUUGACAAACAUUCUAUUUUCGAGGUUAGCAGUACUGCAAUAAAAGUUGAUAUUUGAUGAAUUUUUCACCACAUUUUAUCCAGGGUCUACUUCCCCCUGAGCUGUGUGAUCAUGGAAAAAUAUGUAGCUAUGUUUUAAGCUCGAGUAAUGAUUUAUUUAGCGUUGUCUAAACAUACAUAAAUACAAAAGAGAUAGUCAAUGUAAUGAGACCAAGACAUUGUUUGCCACUUCAACAAAAUGGUUGACGUGACUGUCUGCUAUAACCAAACUAGCUUAAACAUAUAUUAUGCACUUGUUCUUUUUACAUAUAUUUCAUUUCUAGUUUUGUAAACUAUAUAUUUGAAAAAUAGAUGUUAUUGAUUUUU